CAUCACCGACCAUCAAUAUGAAGCAGUUCCUGAUAUUCGUCGCGGUUGUCACCGUCGCCUCCGCCCAGAGCGUCGCGGAUCAGUAUGGGGAUCUUUCACAACCGACGCCGUACGAAUACGCCUACACGGCAGAAUCCGAUGAAGGCUCUCACGGACAUUCCGAAAAGUUCGAUGGCAACUCUCGCGCUGAAGGAAAUUAUUUCUUGAAGUUGGCUGACGGGAGAGAGAGAUAUGUCAGCUAUACGGCCGACGAGAGUGGAUUCCACCCCGAGAUUCAGACAAAUGAGCUCGGAACUGAGUCCAAGAAUCCCGGAGAUGCUGUUUACGUGUCGUCGGCACCCUCCGGACCCGAUGCCGCUAUCCAGGCCUACGGCGGACCUUUCCCCGAGAGCAUCGGUCAAGGAGUUCGACCUGUCGUCGCCCGCGCCGCCGCUGCCGCGGCUGCCAGCGCAUCUUAGAUUUGCUGCGGAGCCAGAGGUCAGGCAAAAGAAUAUCUCUUCCCGAGGGAGAACGGGCCAGUUAGCAAGAAUAAAUUUCUUC